AAUCACCCAGUGUCGACCCCGAAGCCUUCGCCAUGACGGAUAUCGAUCUGAAGCUCGCUUCGUGGAAGCUCGUUGAGGUUGGCCGUGUGGUCCUCCUCCGCAGCGGUCCUUUUACCGGCAAGCUGGCCGCUAUUGUCGAGAUCGUCGACCACAAGCGUGUCCUGGUUGACGGUCCUUCCACCGAGGAGAAGAAGAUCGUUCCCCGCCACGUCGCCGCUCUCUCCCACGUCACCCUCACUCCUUUCGUCAUCCCCAAGCUGCCCCGUUCUGCCGGCACCGGCCCCGUUCGCAAGCUCUGGGAGAAGUCCGAGAUCGAUGGCAAGUGGGCUAAGAGCAGCUGGGCCCAGAAGGCUGAGAAGGCCGAGCGGAGGAAGAACCUGACCGAUUUCGAGCGCUUCAAGGUCCUCAGACUCCGCAAGCAGGCUCGUUUCGAGGUCCAGAAGGCUCACGCCAAGAUCCGCGCUGCUGCUCCCAAGUCGUAGACGGGUUCGUGAGGUUCGGUGUGUUUUGUGAGGGGUUGCCUUGGUCGGUUUUUUUCAAUUGCUGCGGAAAUACCAGCAACUCGCUGUAUGCAUUAUCAUAAACAGCAAAAAUGAUUCAAAAACCUUUGAUAUCCUGGCAUGGUAGCCUUCCUAAUGUGAUGACCCAAAAAAAAAG